GAAAAACGCAGAGAGCUGAAAUUUGAUGGUCGCCUAGAAAAAGAGCUUUCUGAAACCUAUGCAUUUCUGAUGGUUGAUCGACCUCAGGUCCAAAGCAUAUGCGAGAAAGGGCUGCAGGUGGGCCAUUCCAAAAUAACAAUUCUCGGCAGCCCUUCCAUGGGUGUAUAUAUCUCCAGGUAUGCUGAUUUAUUGCAGCCUAAUCCUCUAGAAAGUGGAGCAACAGGAGAUGUGAUUGUUUUUAAAAUAAUAAAGGGAAAAAUGAAAAGCAUAUAUGACCACAUUGGUAUGAAAGCAAUGGAAUCAACAGUAAAGAGUGUGUUAGAUCCAACACCAAAGCAUGAGUGUCAUGUUUCAAAGAAUGCAAAUAAAGUCACCUCCUUGUUGGCUUAUCGAGCCUACGAGCUUACGCAGUACUAUUUUUAUGAAUAUGGCUUUGAUGAGAUAAGGCGAAGGCCAAGACAUGUUUGUCCUUAUGCUGUGGUUUCGUUUACUUACAAAGAUGAAACGGUGCAAGUACCAAAAUUUUCGCCCUCAUCAAGAUCAAACAGCUUCAACACAGAUAGAAGUUCAGAUAAAUCUAGCUAUACAUUAUGGAGAGGGCAGCUUUGGAAUAAAGGCAAACUUUUAUGCCAUGUUUCCUUGAAAUCAGCAGCACGUCCUUUCCUUCCUUGCAAGCUUCCUGAGAAGCUUGAGGUUGACAAAGUUGUGAGCAUGGAUCAAUUGAAGAAAAAAAUGUCACCAGCGUUGUUCUAUAAAGAAACUUACCUAGGAGCAAGAGAAGUGUUGAAGAACGGCAUGUACUGUAGCCUUUAUGAAGUUGUGGAGAAGUCCCGUUCUGGUACUCACUUGGAGGGUUUACUUCAAAAACUGGAGAAAGAGAAACUUGUUCUUGUGAAACCACUUCUGGACAGAGGAUUUCUUUUUCUUCUUUCUCCUUGGCAAAUGAUGUCCCCUUAUGACCACCAAACUGGACGGCCCCGCGUGCUACAUGCAUUGUUUCUGUUUCCAGAACCUAGAGGUGUAAUGAGCUCAACACACAAAAGUGUUCCAUUUGGAACACAGAAAAAUUCAACUACCAUGGUAUUGCACGACAAUCAGGAAAUCAUUCCAGAAUUCACAAAGUUUAUUCAGUCUCUACAUUUUGCUUUAAUCCAGUCUCGUAAAGACGCUACUGCAGAUUUCAAUGCUGUUGUGGAAAAGUAUAUAAAUGAGUAUUUGAAAAGAUGCUGUAGUGGCUCUGGAAAAUAUAGAGAAUUUGUAUUGUAUCGGUAUGAAUCACGGUUGGAUGACAAAAAAUUUCUUUAUUCUGCUCCAAAAAAUAAAUCUCAUAUUGACAGCUCCUUGCAAAACUAUAUUUUUGGUUGUGAGGCAUAUCAACUACCUGUUUCUAGAGCUAAGGAAUUGAUGGAGGGAAAUCGGAAACUUCAACAGUUCAGUCCCAUCUCAGAUUAUGAAGCCACAGAAGAAGACUCUGAUUUUGCCAAUGCAAAAAGCAGGAAAAGAAACUGUGCACAAUAUGAACCCACUGCUGCCAAGCGAAAACUGCCUCAUUCUGGAGAUUAUGAUCCCGAUAGACUCAAAGAACUUAUUAACUUAAUCCAGUGUAGGAAAAAAAAUGUAGGUGGAGAUUCUGAUUCUGAAGACCCUAGACAUAAAAGUGGUCUGAAAAGGAAGCUGGAAAAACAGUCUGAAAAUUUGCGGAAAUACUUAAAAAUGAGUGAAUCUUCAGAGAAUAGUUGUCAAACCUCGGAUUCGCCACACUCUGUUUUCUCAGUUAAUACUGGUCUUGGUGGACAUGAUACUGACUUGAGGCAGCAAGAUGUAUCCAGCCCUGCUGUUACUGACACACAUGGCCUCAUUAAACUGCUUUUAGAAACGCUAGCUAGUGCAGGACACUUGGAUUCAUCGUUGGCACGAUCUGUAAAUCAAGCUUUAGGACUAAGCACUGAUGAAAUUGAAGAGGAUAUGAGACAAAAAUAUGAAUAUGAAUCCAUUCAAGCACAGGACAAAGAUGAUCGUGAGCUUCCUAAUACUGCUCAGGCUGAAAAUGUUAACUUCAAGGACCCACAGAGCCCAGUGAUACUGGAAGCUGAUGCAGCGUGUUUACCCUACCCUGUUGAUGUUGAUCUACGGCUUUCAGCUAAUGAAGUAGGCCUUGAACACACGCUACGUUUAAAAGAAGCAAGCACUGGAAGUGUAAGUAGUUUUGAAGACUACAGUCCCUGUCCUAGUACACCUAUAGAACCUGUUUAUCGCAGGCAACAUUCCAACUCAACUAAUACAGGAGAAGUUGGAAUGCACUGGAAACUUAUUCCAAUUACAGGUCUGAAAUCACCAGAAGAGCCACUGGUGUAUUUACCGCCAAAGGAUGCCUUUCCUAAUGACCCCCGGGUAAUACAUAGACAGAGAAGUUCUGAUUAUCAGUUUCCAUACUCUCCAUUUUCAGACACACAAAAGGGGACAGCAGAAGAUGGACUUUGUACAAGACAAGUGGAGAAACUUGAAGAUGAGUGUGGGCUAGCAGAUCACCCUUUUACAACUAAGCAUUCCAUUAGUGCAAUAAUAGAGACUACAUUAUUAGAAGAAUAUAAUCUCUUUGCAAGAAAGAUUCAAGAAAUUUUGCAGCAAAAGAAUAUUGCUUAUGUUAGUGGUGUGUCCACACCAGUCUUUUCUGCCCGAGAGAGGAUGAUGAGACUUUCUGAGUACAUCUGUUUACAGGCAUCAGAGAUUUCUGUCCAAGAAUAUAUAGAGUCACUGAGUGAGAAGUUGAAUAGUGUUAUUUUGUCCUCUUCGUGCAUUAGGCAUACUCCACCCAUUUAUUCCAGUCCUGAAUCGGCAGAAGUGGUUACUAAUGCUGCACUGAAUCCUCCACCCGACACGUUACCUGUUUGCAGGGACUCUGACGCGUCAUUGUUACCAGAGCCAUUGUGUAAUAACGUGGUGGAAGAUGUGGAUUCUAAUGAGCAACGUUCAUCAAGCUUACCCUUAGUGAAGGAGGAAAUAGAUCUUGGGAAUGCAAAAACAGAAGAUAUGUUGACAUUGGAUCAAACCUCUUGCAGUGGUGAUCUGAGGGAGCCACCAGAAAAGACACAGAAAUCCCCAGAGAACUUAAACAUUUCAACCCAACCAGCCCUUUCUGAUUUUAUAAGCCAGUUAAAACCUGAAGUAUUUAACAGUUUGGUCAAAAUUAUUAAAGAUGUGCAGAAAAACACUGUGAAAUUUUAUAUUCAUGAAGAGGAGGAAAGCAUUCUCUGCAAAGAAAUUAAGGAGUACCUUACAAAGUUAGGUAAUACAGAGUGCCAUCCGGAACAGUUCCUUAAGAGAAGAGCUGCUUUAGAUAAACUGUUGAUAAUUAUUCAAAACGAAGACAUCGCCAACCUCAUCCAUAAGAUACCUGGCUUAGUAACUUUGAAGAGGCUUUCUUGUGUCAGCUUUGCGGGUGUCGACAGUUUGGAUGAUGUGAAAAAUCACACUUACAAUGAAUUGUUUGUGUCUGGUGGUUUUGUUGUGUCAGAUGAAUCUGUCCUUAACCCAGAGGCCAUCACCACAGAUAAACUAAAACAGUUCUUAAAGUUUCUGGAGGAUCUCAAUACCCCAGAUGGAAAAUGGCAGUGGAAAGUCCACUGUAAGAUACAAAAAAAACUUAAAGAGCUGGGGAGAAUGAAUGCUAAUGCCCUGAGUCUGCUGACCCUUCUGAAUACCUAUCAAAAGCAGCACUUGGUUGAGAUUCUGUCUUAUCAUAACUGUGAUUCUCAAACUCGAAAUGCCCCAGAAUUAGACUGCCUUAUCAGGCUUCAGGCUCAAAACAUACAGCAGAGACAUGUUGUCUUCUUAACAGAAAAGAAUCUCAAAACACUUUCAAAUUACAUCGAUAACGGAAUAGUGGUUGCUACUGUUGAUGACUUUAUGCAAAAUUUUAAAAUUCUUGUUGGGUAUCACAACUCUGUUACUGAAGAAAACAGCCUUCCUCCCUCUGAUGCUCCCAAAAGACAAUCAGUUCUUGUAGAAAGCGAUGAAAAGGAUGAGGAGGACAUGUCUCUGGAUUCAGGGGAUGAAACAUCACAAAUAGAAAUCUGCAGUGAUGCCUCUAAGUAUGAUACUCAUUUGGAAGCUUUGCAGACAGAGGCCAAGGGCUCACAUGGAGUAGAUGCAAAAGCAAGCUGCUUAUCAGUUACAGAGGUAUCUCCUGAAGCACAAAUUGGCUUGAUGGAAGAGACUUCUAAAACUGACUUGGAAGAGAUACAACCAAUUACUUCAGUUUCUACAACAUGCUCUGCUGAAGGAGAAAAACAGAGUUCAGUUGAACAAGCUCCUUUCAAUAACUUCCAAGUUUAUAGCAGACAAUUAAACAUGUCCCACCAGUUCAGUCACUUUAACGUACUCACUCACCAGACUUUUCUGGGAACAACAUACCCCAUUUCUUCUGCAAGUCAAAACCAAGAAGGAGGCAAUUAUUUUCUAUCUGCCUACAGUCAGAGCAUGGAUACAGAAAAGUCAUUGUCGCCUGGUGGUUGGGAUAUAAAUUGUGAUUCUUCCAGGCCAUAUUCAAACCAGAAAUAA